AUGUCGAGAGACCGUUUUCGAAGCCGUGGAGGCGGCUUCCAUCGGCGCGGCGGCGGCGGAGGCCGAGGUGGCCUCCCCGGCAACCACGACUUUCGUUCGCCGCCGCCGAGUAUGGCGGGCGGUAUGGGGCAACCGCGCGGCGGCCACCAUCAUAUCAGCGGCGGCGGCCCCCCGAAGCCGGAGCCUGCUAAAACGCCGAUCUCGACCUCCACUCCGCCUUCCUCCGCUGCCUCCGUUUCCGCCAGCCCGGCAGGCUCGUCGCCUUCCUUGGGGCCGAACCAGAAUCAGGUCGGCGCGCCGGCCUCGACCUCGUCUUCCGCCUCCUCCGUUUCCACACCGAGUUCGGUCUCGGCACCAGCCGCCCCCUCGGGGCUCCAGAGCGGCAGCCGAGGAGGGGAGACGCAGCCGCCCCCGCCGCAGACGAACGCGCCGCCGAACCAAAGUCCCGGGCAGGGCGGCUCCAAGAAGGGACCCGGGCCAUCUCCCGGAGGUGGAGGGGGACCCGUAGGUGGCCUGAAAGGAGGCCCGGGAGGGCCGCAGUCAGGAGGCGGCCCCAAGAGCGGCGGCGGCGGCAGCGGGGGGCCCGGACAGCAACACCGAGGCGGCGAAAGGCGCGGGGGGCAGCACCAGCACCAGUCUCACCAUCACCAACACCCACCCCCGCCGCAGUCGCAGCACCAGGGCGCGGGGGACGAGAAGGUCUCCGACGCUGAGGGUUUUAAAGCAAAUCUGUCACUUUUGAGACGCCCUGGAGAGAAAACAUAUACUCAGCGCUGCCGUCUGUUUGUUGGGAAUUUGCCUGCUGAUAUUACCGAAGACGAGUUUAAGAGAUUAUUUUCCAAAUAUGGCGAACCAGGAGAGGUCUUCAUUAACAAGGGGAAAGGUUUUGGCUUUAUUAAGCUGGAAUCCCGAGCUUUGGCUGAAAUUGCAAAGGCAGAACUUGAUGAUAUUCCUAUGAGAGGAAGGCAGCUUCGUGUGCGUUUUGCCACCCAUGCUGCUGCUCUUUCUGUGCGUAAUCUCUCCCCAUAUGUGUCAAAUGAAUUGCUGGAAGAAGCUUUCUCUCAAUUUGGACCAAUUGAAAGAGCUAUUGUGAUAGUAGACGAUCGCGGCAGAUCCACAGGAAAGGGCAUUGUGGAAUUUGCAUCUAAGCCUGCAGCUCGAAAAGCAUUUGAACGUUGCACUGAAGGUGUCUUUCUUCUGACAACCACUCCUAGGCCAGUUAUUGUGGAGCCUCUUGAACAGCUAGAUGAUGAAGAUGGUCUUCCAGAAAAGCUGGCUCAGAAAAAUCCAAUGUAUCAAAAGGAGAGAGAAACUCCUCCACGAUUUGCACAACCUGGAAGUUUUGAGUAUGAAUAUUCUCAACGGUGGAAAUCCUUGGAUGAAAUGGAGAAACAGCAGAGAGAUCAAGUAGAGAAAAACAUGAAAGAUGCCAAGGACAAACUGGAAAGCGAGAUGGAGGAUGCUUAUCACGAGCAUCAGGCAAACCUUUUACGCCAAGAUCUCAUGAGGCGACAAGAGGAAUUGAGACGCAUGGAGGAACUUCACAAUCAAGAGAUGCAGAAACGAAAAGAAAUGCAGUUGAGACAAGAAGAAGAGCGACGUAGGCGGGAAGAAGAGAUGAUGAUCCGUCAGCGUGAGAUGGAAGAACAAAUGCGAAGACAGAGGGAAGAAAGCUACACUAGAAUGGGUUACAUGGAUCCUAGAGAAAGAGACAUGAGAAUGGGUGGUACCAGUGCAAUGAACAUGGGAGAUCCCUAUGGUACAUCUGCUCAGAAAUUCCCACCAUUAGCAGGUGGCACUGGCCUUGGCUAUGAGACCAAUCCAGGAGUUGGACAGACAUCCAUGAGUGGCACUAUGAUGGGAAGCGAUAUGCGCCCUGAGCGAUUUGGACAGGGAGGUGCGGGGCCUGUAGGUGGCCAGGGCCCUAGAGGAAUGGGGCCUGGAACUCCUGCAGCUUAUGGGAGAGGGAGAGAAGAAUAUGAAGGCCCAAACAAAAAGCCCCGAUUUUAGAUGUGACUAGUAGAUUUUUCAUUCCAGUUUGUUUUAUUUGUCUUGUUUAGACACUACUUUUUUUUUUAAUUCUUGCAUUUUAGUAAGAAAGCUACGUUUUUAUGGAUGUUAGAACUUAAAAUGAUUUAGAAUUUGUAAGUGGUCUGGGCAAAAAAAAAGUCUAAUUAUGUAAUGCAGUGUUCUAAACUUAGCUUUUUUGAUGUAUAACGUCCCUACCUUGAUGGCAAUGUACUGUGUGCCAUAUGAAAUCCCAAGUGUAAACUUUUUUUACUGUGCUUAAAAUAAAUAGUCUAAAUGUAGCAAGAUUCUUUUAUCAUAAACUUCUGAGCAUAGAGGGCAAAUAACACUUCCAAAAGGCAAUGAAUUUCUUGAAAUGAGAUCUGGAGUGUUGCACAAUACAUGUGGCUGGGAUGCUACCGUGCCGUAAAGCCUAAAAAUAUAUCUGCAAUUUUAAAAUCUAAUUGAACUUUGAUAUUUCAUAUCAAAUGAAGUCUUACCCUUAGAAAAGGCUUUGAGAAUUCUGCAAAACUUUGACUAUGAUUAUUCAAGUAUACGUAUUUGGAAUUUUAACGUCCUUACAAUGAGGAAGCAAACUGAUUUUGGGUGAAAUAGAUCUUUAACUUAAUGAACAAUGUAGUUCAGUUUUGAAUAAGGAGGUGGGAAGGAAAUGGGUAAGGGCCAGUAAUCUUAACAGUAUUGGCUGUUGCCUCUCCAAAGGACGUUUCCAUCCUAACUGUUACAAGUCAGCAUAACUUUCUAUAUGUUAUUCAGAAUCUCAUUCUUUUAAUAAGACUCAAAAUUUGAGAUCUGGUUGAUCUAUUUCACUUCUAAUUCUUUUCCUAGUUAAGCAUUUUAGUGCCCACCAGACGUUUUAUCUUAACAGAAUCCUUGAUGAUUGAAUAUUAUCUGUUGAAGUUGCAAUCCAAAUAUUGGAAGGAGUACUUUUUUUUCUUGAUUUAACCAGUGUAAUCUUGAUCCAAAAGGUUUGAGCAUUGGUGGGCACUUGUGUAUUAUAUUUAACAUCAAAACUUCACUUAAACGCAGAAAUGAAAUAUCCUUUCAGGAUUACAGUAGUAAUUUUAUUAGAUUAAAGCCUGACAUACAGAAAUCUUAAGUACCAUUAAAAUGGAAAUAUUUUUUCCCUUGGGCUACAUAGUAUCAACUUGUGCUGUUGACUUGGUAGAGUUGAAUCAUUUUGUAUUUAUUAAAAUGCUGUAAGAAGUUAAGCUGUCUUGGACUCUAUACCCUCGUGCCUAAAAUAUACUGGGUGCUCAGUUUCCUGGUAUAAAAAGGUACAAUGGCUUGGUAAAAUGAAGAUGAACCAGAUCAGAGAAACAUUCUGUGAUUAAUCCUGUUGGUUUUUUAUUCAAUAACUUCGGUGCUUUAAAUCCUUUAAAUAUAAGGGCGGGAAACUUUCCCCCCCCUCUAACGGGGAGCCAUUUUAUAUCUGUUUAAAACAGUUACUCUGGGUAAUGUUGCAUUUACUCUACCUUUUUUCCCCAGAAGGUUGUUGAGAGAGGGGCAUAAAAGUUUUGGCAAGUCAGUACUGAUUACUUGCAGGCAUCCUGUUUUGGCUGGGUUUUUUUCCCCCCUUUCAACUGUUGACACUCUCUGUGCUACUACCUCCAGUAGCUUGCGAUAACCAGAAUGCCAUACGUGGUCCCCCCCAUCCCUACUUUUAAAUGUGCUAAAGCUGAGGAAGAAUCAGUUACCUGUAAGCCGCUUAUAACUGCAGCGUACGAAACUUCACGGCCACCAGUUGUUAACGUAUUUUCGUUCUGCAAAAUGGAUUGACUCAAAAGCUUGUGCUUGAGCCAAAAGCCUUUUGAAAAACCCAAGAAUGGUAAAACAGCUGAUAUUCAAGGUUGCUGGACUCUGCCUCUCAUUUAUUUUAGUGUUGUGGUUGAAUUAAGCUUAUAUUCCCAGAAGCUUCAAGAAGUUUACCAUCAAAGGGGGAAGAACGCCCACAGUUCUUGCAUUGACUUCUGAUGUAGAGAAAACCCUUGUGAUACAAAUGUGGACUUUUAACUUGUGUCCUGGGCUGCGCACAGCUCAGUUCUGCUUUUCUCACGGAGGUGUUCAUGGACACCCGCUGUAGGAAAAACACCAAGACUGACAGUGGUGGGGCCUCUGGAAAUGGAAACUAAUUUUCAGUUUAUUUUUCAGAUUACAUGCCAUUUUUCCUUAGGAUGCUGGCACAUAUCCUAAACCAUGUUCUUUUGUAGUACUGUAAUCUUGGACGAGUGAAGGAAGCUGAUGGUCCCAUUUCCUUCCUAAGGUUCAUCUCUUGUUUACAUUUUGUCUAAACUUGGCUGAUAUUAAAACGGGAAGGAAAUAUUGAGGGGGCCAAUGUAGAUUUUUUAACACUUUACUGGACGAGUACUUUUGUCAAACGUCCUUAUAUAAAAUACGCACAGUAGUCUGACUUCCAAAGGAUAACAAGCAGGCUGAUCCCUCAGUAGCAAACCAAUGGUUGGGGGAGUUUUCACUGAAUUGAAUGUUCCAUCUUUUUUAGCUUUUUUUCUAAAUGGAUUUAAAUAUUUGUUUAGAUUUACAGAUGAUGCCUUUUGAGCAGAAGACAUAACUAUUCUACUUCUGCGGGCCAUUAAGCCUUUAGGUCAUGCAUAAGUUAUCCCAAUCCAAGGGUCUACCCAUGUUUAACAAUCCUAGCAUGCUAUAAUCACCUUGUUAGUUGUAAUAAAUGAAUUUCUGUUUCUGUGCGUAUUUUGUGGUAUAUUUGUUUUUUUAAAAAAGUUCUUGGCAUCUCCUUGGCAACCACUUGUGGCAGCAUGCUUUUCUCUGGAGUUUGAGACUGCAAUAUGACACUGUUUAAAAGUAGUGGCCUGCUAUGUAACAGCACUUAGACAGCAUUUCCGCAGUGCAUAACUGUGAGGAACGUAGUACCACAAGUGGCAAUGGACAUUAGCACCUGGAUGUAGUAUUCCUGCUUGCUCCAAGAUUCUCAUUGUCGCCUGCAUACAGGUAGGUAAAAAAGAACUAUAAUCUAACUUGGUGACUUUCUGUGUAAUCUUGCUAUGGGGGUAUUCUGGCAUCACACUACUGACUGUGGGAUUUCAGUGCAGCACUUCUCAUACGGCAUGGUGCUUAGUUUUGAGGCCUAAUCUGGAAUCAGCAUUAGGCAAACGGACUAUGAUGCUGACACUUGUGCCUCAGACCCGUGAUUUCUUCGUGCAUACGACUUGCUUCUUCUGUCUUCACCGUGUGAUAAAAGACAUUUUUAUAGAGUUCAAUGGGAGGGGAAAAUGAGUUCAAUCUCUGCAUAAUUUUACUACUCAUGGUCUCCAUUGUGUAUAGGAGCGGUUGCUUUUAGUUCAUAUUGGCUAUAUAUUAAAAGUUGUAGGAAAACUCUUUCAUGGUCAGGCAGAUAAAUGCAUUGGUAUUUUUCCCUUUAUAAUAGUGGUUGCUCUGUUAAGUUUGAGGUAGUAUUGAAUUAGUAUUUUGUAACUGUAGUGUCAAGUUAACAUAAUACGGGUGGCCGGCUGUGGGAUGAUGACUGAUAAUGUAAAAAAAAAAAAAUAAUUUUAGAGCUCCCCUUAACUCUAAUCCAUGCAUCUUACCAAAAUGUAUAGGUUACUUUGCUUACUACUUGAUGAAAACAAAAACAAUAGGGGUUUUAUAUCUAAUGUAGUUGAUGA